UGGACCCCUGGAAUAAUGGAAAAGGCCCAGGUGGCUUUUCUCCAAGGGGAGAGGAAGGGGCAGGAGAACCUUAAGACAGACCUGGUGCGACGGAUCAAAAUGUUAGAGUUCGCACUGAAGCAGGAACGAGCCAAGUACCACAAACUGAAGUUUGGGACUGACUCAAACCCAGGAGAGAAGAAACCAGACAUGCUGGAGCAAGUCCCCAAUGGGCCUGUGGAGCCGGUGUCCUUGGAGAGCAGCCAGCUGGUGUGGAAGGAAGGCCGGCAGCUGCUCCGACAGUACUUGGAGGAGGUGGGCUACACAGAUACCAUCCUGGACAUGCGUUCGAAGCGUGUGCGUUCCCUGCUAGGCCGCUCUGUGGAGCUGAACGGCGCGACCGAGCCUGGUGAUAGCAGCCCUGGAGGGCUUCCCGUAGGGGAGUCGGUGCUGGCAAAGCAGAUCGAAGAGCAGAUCAAGAGGAAUGCGGCAGGGAAGGAAGGUGCAGAACGGCUGGGCAGCUCUGUGUUGGAGAAGAUCCCAUUCCUGCAGAAUUGUGAGGAUGAAGACAGUGACGAGGAGGAGGAGCUAGAGAGCUUGCAGCCCAAGAAACAGCGGGUCAAGUUAUCAUCGAAGCCCCUGGUCCCAGAAAUGGACGAGGAGGAGGAUGACGAAGACUCUGAGGAUGCCAUCAAUGAGUUUGACUUUCUGGGCUCCGGGGAGGAUGGGGAAGGGCCUGCUGACUCUCGUCGCUCUGGGGACGGCACUGAGCUGGAGAGUCGGCGGGUGAAGCUGCAGGGCAUGCUGGCCGAUCUUCGGGACGUUGACGGGCUGCCCCCCAAAGGGACCGGUCCCCCACCUGGCACGCCGCAGCCUCGGCCCCAUGACGGUUCCCUUGGCUUCUCCUCUGACGUCUUCAUCAUGGACACGAUUGGGGGAGGAGAGGUGAGCCUGGGGGACUUGGCGGACCUCACCGUCAGCAACGACAACGACCUCAGCUGUGAUCUCUCAGACAGCAAAGAUGCCUUCAAGAAGACCUGGAACCCCAAAUUCACCCUCCGCUCCCACUAUGACGGCAUCCGCUCGCUGGCCUUCCAUCACAGUGAAUCGGCCCUGCUCACUGCCUCAGAGGAUGGCACUCUGAAGCUUUGGAACCUGCAGAAGACAGUGACAGCCAAGAAGAAUGCGGCUCUGGAUGUGGAGCCCAUCCACGCCUUCCGGGCCCACAGGGGCCCUGUGUUGGCAGUGGCCAUGGGCACUCAGAGCGAGCACUGCUAUAGCGGGGGAGCAGAUGCCCGAAUCCACUGCUGGAGGAUCCCGGACCUCAAUAUGGACCCGUAUGAUGGCUAUGACCCUGGCGUGCUGAGCAGUGUCCUGGAGGGCCACGGGGAUGCCGUGUGGGGCCUCGCCUUCAGCCCUACUUCGCGCCGUCUGGCCUCCUGUUCUGCGGAUGGCACCAUUCGUAUCUGGGACCCCAGUGGAAACAGCCCCACUUGCCUGUGCACUUUCCACACAGCUGGCGAACAUGGGAUCCCCACCUCCGUGGCCUUCACCAGCACAGAGCCAGCCCAGGCUGUGGCUUCCUUCCGCUCAGGUGACACGGUCCUCUACAACUUGGAGACUGGCAGUGCCCUUCUCACACUGGAGUCCCGAGGGAGCAGUGGCUCCACACAGAUCAACCAGGUGGUGAGCCACCCUAACCAGCCCCUUACCAUCACUGCCCAUGAUGACAGAGGCAUCCGAUUUCUGGACAAUCGAACAGGUAAAUCUGUGCAUUCCAUGGUUGCUCACCUCGAUGCCGUGACCUGCUUGGCUGUUGACCCAAAUGGGGUGUUCCUGAUGUCCGGAAGCCACGACUGCUCCCUCCGCCUCUGGAGCUUGGACAAUAAGACGUGCGUGCAGGAGAUCACAGCACAUCGUAAGAAACAUGAGGAAGCCAUUCAUGCUGUGGCCUGCCAUCCCAGCAAGGCGCUCAUCGCAAGCGCUGGGGCCGAUGCGUUGGCCAAAGUGUUUGUAUGACGCCCCGUGUCAAGCCCUGCCACCUCCCCCCUCUUCCCCGAGGAAGGGUGGGGUGGGGCAGGGCCCUCGCAGAGCCGGUGAUUUUCUCUGCUCCACGUCUAGUCUGGGGGAGCGCGAUGCCUCCGCUCCCUGAGCCUCAUGGUGCUAGCAGCCUGUGGGGCUGGCCCUCUCCUCUGUCACCUUCCCCAUUUCUGGGGGUCGAAGAGGGGAGCCAUUCUCUCCAGCCAGUAGGGACCUGACGCUUCCCUACCCCUUCAGGAAUCUGUUCCUUUUCUCCCCUCUCUACUGGACUCAAGUCCAGUAAUAGGGGUGUGAUGCUGGGAGGUGCAGCUCCCGCUAUCUUGGGACCCUCCGUCUGCCUCAUUGUCCCCUCUUGUGAGGCAGUGGAGAUGGACCAGAGGAGUCAAGACGGUGCUCUGGGGGGGCACGUGGGAAUACUCCCUGGGUCUGUGGACAGUUUGGAGGAAGGAAUGGGGGAUUUAGACUGAGGGUUGGGGGCACCAGGGUCAUAUCUUGGGUCACCACAGCUUGCCCCUUGGGCUGCCCAGUCCAUUUCUCCAAGGUGUAGAAACACAAAGAGACACACUGCAGACACUAGCUACACUCACACGCACACACACUCACACAUUCACACUCACAUUCACACUCACACACACAUACACAUUCACACUCUCACACUCACUCACUCUACAGACACUAGCUCCUCCCCUACCCCAGAAGCAUAACUGCCCAGGGGACUAUUUUUGCCUAGACAGGGAGGGGGCCGGGAGGGAAGGAGGCCCCCUCGGUGCCAGGGGUUGAUGGGGAGGAGAGGGAUGGCUCGUUGGCUCUAGGGAGGAACAUUGGGGUGGAGGUGUUGAAUCCCUUCUUUCCCCCUCUCACCCCUUUUUCACACUGUAUAUUCUGUAUAAAUCAAUACAAUUUUAAAUGGAAGCCCAGACAUCCCCUCCCCGCUUCUCCCCAGAUGCCCUCCUUUGGUUGUUAUCACUGUGUGAUAGUCUGUUGGUCUGUCCCCUGUCCCUAGUCAGGGUUCCUAAGCUUUUCUUUGUAUAUUUAUUUCACUCUCAAUUUCAGCCCUACCCCAAUCUUUGGCCCAUCCUUGGCCCACUCCUCUUCCUGCCUUCUCCCAAUUGUAUGUGAAAACCUGCCUCAAUAAAACCUUUGGAAUAAGA